UGCAAGCUGGACAACACAUCGUCAGCUUGCAAGCUAGCAACCAGAUAGCUCGAAUACCAACCGCCUCGUAUCUUGUGCAAAAGUCCGCGUCAUGCCAGUCGUACCCUACCCAGAAGAUCUCGACCUGACCCGUCAGGCAGUCGAGGAACCUGGCACAGCGAAACAGGGCCAGUCCGGCGUCUACACAACCCCUAUCUUUCCCGUCUCGGCCUUGACCCAGAACCAGCCGCUCACGAUCCACGAGCUUUUCGAGCAGUCUGCCGACCGCAAUACCACCAAGGACCUCUUCCGAUGGAGACCCAUCUUGGCGACAGCUACUCCUACCUCGCCUGCGGUCUUUUCCCCCGUGCUGACCGGGAUGACCUACCUCACGGCCCGUGAACGCAGGCUGAACAUCGGCCGUGCCAUCGUCGCUCUCGAACAGGACGGUCGACUCGGCCCUCGAGGUUCGGGACCUUCUGGUCGACCGGAGCCUAUCGAUGAGAUUUCGGGUUACGGAGUAGGGAUCUGGAGCAUGAAUCGAGCGGAAUGGCAGCUGGUCGAUCUCGCUGGGCAUGCGUUCUCCCUAGUCGGGAUCCCCCUUUACGAUACGCUCGGACCUAACGUCGUGGAAUACGUCAUCAACCAUUCCCCCUUGAGCAUCGUCUUUACCGCGUCGAGCCACAUCCCUGCGCUGCUCAAGGUCGCUCCCAAGUGCCCGAGCUUGCGUGUGAUCGUCAGCAUGGACACGCUGAUGGAGCGAGAAGGAGCCGUCCUCAAGGCUUGGGCCGAGACGACCGGGGUCGAGCUCUGGGAAUUGCCCGACUUUGAGAUCUGGGGUGCCAAGGAGGGACUCAAACGAAAGAUUCAGGUCAGGCCGCCCCGACCUGAACAGACGGCGACGAUCAGCUAUACGAGCGGGACGACGGGCAACCCCAAGGGUGUCGUCUUAACCCAUUCGGCCGUCACGCACGCGGUCAUCGCUCAGUCUUUCGGUGCCGCCGCUGUUCCGGAAUGGGAACAACCCGUCAUGAUCAGCUACUUGCCUCUUGCACACAUUUUCGAGAGGUUUAUGGAGCUGCUUGUGAUCCACAUCGACGGUGUCCUCGCUUAUACCACUGGAGACCCCUUGCGAUUGCUCGAGGACGCUCAGAUCAUCCAGCCGCACCUCUUCCCCUCGGUGCCUAGGGUACUAAACAGAAUCCACCAGGCGAUCAUGGCUCAAGUCAACGCCGGGGGUGUCAAGGGAGCUCUCUUGUCAAAGGCGAUCAACGCCAAGAUUCAGCAUUACCGAAAGACCGGUGAGGUCAAGCAUGCCAUCUAUGACGCUCUAGUCUUCCGCAAGGUCCGCAACCUGCUCGGAGGAAGGGUAUUGUUUAUCGCCAGCGGUAGUGCCCCUAUCUCGGGCGAGGUAUUGGAAGUCCUCAAAGCUUGUUUUAGUUGUGACGUAACCGAAGGGUACGGUCUAACCGAGACUGUGGGGACGUGUACCUCUGGUAUCGCGUGGGAUGUCGGUCACUUGGGUACAACCGGAUACCCUCGAGCCGGUAUCAAGCUCAAGCUUGUUGACGUUGCAGAGCUCAACUACACUGUCAAUGACAAACCUUACCCUCGUGGAGAGUUGCUUAUCGGCGGCCCGAUGAUCAUCUCGCGGUACCACCGAGACCCCGAAAACACCAAGAAAGCCAUCGACGAGGACGGAUGGUUCCACACGGGAGAUAUUGCGGCCAUCGAUCAUGUCGGACGGGUCAAGAUCGUUGAUCGAAUCAAGAACGUAAUGAAGCUAUCACAAGGAGAAUACGUCGCGCUCGAAAAGGUCGAAGGUGUCUACGCCCUCAACCCACUUUUCUCAACCUUGCUGGUUCAUGGAGACGGCCUCCAAUCCCAUAUCAUCUUGAUCGGAAUCUGCGACCCCGUACAGUCGGCGGCCUUGAUCCAGCGCGUGACCGGUGAAAAGGUCGAUCCUACCGAUCUGAACAAGAUCAAGAGCCUCAUCAACGAUAAGCGAGUUCGAAGACAGGUGCUGCGAGACCUCAAGAAGCUUUCGCGAAAGGCAGGCUUGACAGGGUUCGAGACGAUCAAGGGUGUGCACCUGGAGGUCGACCCUUUCCCAGAGCAUGUCCUCACGCCGACCCUGAAGGUCAAGAGGCAAGCUGCUGCUCAGCAUUACAAACAGGUCAUCGACGCCGUUUAUGCCGAGGGCGAUUCUCUGUUCAAGGACGAAGCGAUUUCUUCCAAGUUGUAAUCGCUCGAAUGUAGCCAUAUUGUAAAGUCUAGCCGAAGGAGAGAAAUAUAUAUCCAACUUUUUGUGAGGUGUUCGUCCAGGCCAUAGCUGACAGUAAUGCUAUGCUGCUGAGGUUGUAUGCAACUGGCCAUCUUGUGUGAUACAAUUUCCCGAGUUUCUGAUCGACUUUAUGACUAUGGCUCUGAUCGCCGUUUUUCGCGC